ACGGGCCAGAUGUGGCGCUGACUAAGCGGGCUCCAGCCCGCUGCAAGACGCGCUGUGCAGGAAGUCCCACAGCCGCCCAGGCGCUGCGACGCCAGCCAGAGCUAAAACACAUGGGCGCCAGAUAAGCUGAACGUCCGUCAGCAUGAAGCCCGCGUCCGUCACUGGUGGCGCCGCUGCCUGGGGCGCAACGCAGGCCCACAGCUGCUGCAGCCACGUCCUCGCCUGCGCAUAAGCUGGACACUCCAGGAAGAUGUGCGUCAGGCUGGCCCACGCCCGCGGGCCAGGUGGCCCGCAGGCGGGCCGCGCGGACCGCCGCGGCCCCUCACCCGACUGCUGGGACGGGGACGCAUACGACUGCAGUUCUCUCGCCGGCGUGUUCUGCAGCCCGGCUGCCGCGGAGGUGCGGUGGAGCCAGGGGUCCAGAGCCACCGGGUUAUUGUGGAAAUGCUGCGCCGCCGUGGUGGUCAGCUGCGCCGCUGCACGCUGCCACUCCGCCUCCCGCUUCGCCAGCCGCGACUGUGCCGCCAGCUGGGGCCCCGAACCCCCCGCCUGCUGUGUUGGCGCCGGGCACGGCAUGGCUGCGGGGCGGGCCGGAGCCGGAGACACGCCCCUGCCUUCCGACGUGACGGAGCAGCUGGAUGACGCCGCGCAGCAGGUGCAGACGGCCUACAUGGACUACGUGCUCCUAGACGCCCGCACCCUGCGGUCCGCUAAGCGUGGGCCGGCGGACCCCGGCGGGGCCAGCGGCCCCGGCCGCCGGCAACGCCAGCACCGCAGCCGCAGUACCUCCAGCCUCAUGAGCCUGGGCAGCGCUCCAUUGCGCCCCGGCGGCGCCAGCUCAGGCGCCGCUAGCAUGAGCACCAGCAGCGGCGGCGCGCCCCCCAGCCAGGGUGGCGGCCGCCGCGGCAAACACCACAGCAGCAACAGCAACCGCAACCGCCACGGCGCUGCCGUGGCCGGCGGGGGCUCAUAAUGCGGCCACCAGUGGGAGCGGCGAACCUUCGGCUGCUGACAGUGAAUGUCAACGGCCUGGGCUCGCCGCUCAAGGCGCGGGCGCUGGUCUCGCACCUGCAGCAAGUUGGGGCGGAUGUGGCGAUGGUGCAGGAGACCCACGCUACUGA